AUGGCAGAUUCCCCAGCAGCUCCUACCAGGGUUGCGUCCCCCUUGUCGUCGAAACCAAGCAACAAGCAUCGUACGUGGGAUGAGAACUACGCCGAGCUGUUGGUGUACAAGCAAAUGUACGGCAAUUGCGACGUGCCGUACGGGUACAAGAGAGACCCUGUGUUGGGAAAGUGGAUUUCUCAUUUGCGAGAAAAUCAAGAUCAGCCGCUCAUGUCCCCGGAACGAAAAGCUGCGCUGAAUGCCAUUGGCUUUACGUGGAAUCCUUUGGAAAAACGCUGGAAUGACAUGUACGCCAAACUCAAAGCGUACCACGAGCAGUUUGGCACUACCAAAGUCCCCACGCAUUACAAAGAAGACCGGACGCUUGGCAAGUGGGUCAAGCGACAACGCGAGAAUUACAAUAGUGGCAUACUGCAGGAACAUCGCAAACAAAAACUGGAUGCCCUCCAGUUUGUGUGGAAAUUGAGCGAACGGGAAAAACCUCCUCGCAAGUCCAAAGCCAAUUUGGAUCAAUGGAAGAAACAGUACGAUGCGCUCUGUCUAUUCAAAGCCGAGUUUGGACAUACUAAUGUUCCCAAAACGUACGAGAAGGAUCCAAGCUUGGGCAAGUGGGUGUCCAAACAACGCCUCCAAAACAAUCGCAAUUUGCUCGAUAAGGAUCGAAAAAAAUUAUUGGACGAUGUCGGCUUUGUGUUCAGUUUUCAGGCACAAAAGAAACAGCAGGAAUGGAAUCGCAUGUAUGAACUAUUAAAGGCUUGUCAGGCAUCUGCUGGCACCAGUAAUGGUUCUUCUCCCACAGAGUUUCAAGUGCCCAAAACAGGACCGGACGCCAGUUCCGUCGCACGAUGGGUCCAGCGACAACGCGAAAAGUACCGACAAGACAAGAUGGAUCCUGGACGGGAAGUACUACUCAGGAAACUCAACUUUCCCUUUCCGGAACAAGAAAACACGGACGAAAACUCGGACUCGACUCCCAGCAGUGUCAGCGAAGCGUCUCAGCAACAUGUUCACCAGGCGCCCUUGCAACAUAUGCAUCAUCACCACCAUCCUCAUCAAGAUGUCGUGUCGGUCGUGGUGGAUGCCAUGCAUCGCGAAGAUGAUCAGGCGGCCGAAGCGGCGGGAAAAGAAAUUGCUCACUGCAUCGAUGUCCUGGCCAAAUACAUGUCCACGACUCCCACAGACUUGGCGGCGCGGUUGCCAGUCUCCAACAAACCACGUCCUCGUGGUCCAGCAUUUGGACGCAUCAUGCCGUUGAUUGUGGCAUUGCGAGAUGCCGCGGCCAAAUGGGGCGGAACCGCCAAUCUCAAGGAUGCCUCGUUCUUUUUGGAUCAAGUCUUGCGACAAGAAAAGGGACUCGUGGCGCUGGAUGGCUCACAGCAACAACCACAAACCCAGAGGGAAGGGUCUUAUCAUGAACUCCUUUCCUUGGCGGUGGACUUGGGAUCGGUCUUGGAUCAGCUUCCGGCCAAGCAGGCCAAUUCAGUGUUGCAAUCUUGCGAAGUUUAUUUGCAGCAUUUGGUGCGCAAGAUUACGGGAGAAAAGGCGUCCGUUCAUGAAGUCUCAUCUCCCUCGGCUACUACCGAUGAUGAUUCUACUAUUGCAGACCGGCAGCCCAGAGCGAAGCGUGCCAAGUUGAGUUGA